GGGUUGACCCCUAAACCCGGAACCCGGCCCCUUGACUGGGUCAAUCUCCGGACCGGGUUUAAUAACUAUGCUAUCAAGAUGCAAUCUUCCUUUCCCUUCUUCGAAAAUUCUGAUGAUCAUCAUUUCAAUUGUGAUACAGGUAAAGGCAAUGGAAUUGAUUGACCCAAUGGAGGUGUCGAGGCGUGGUCCAUACAAUGGAGGAUUAGGAGGGGUUUCCUACACUGGUGAUCUGGACAUUGCACUGGCUCUUGGGACAAUGGUAUUCCCAACGGGAACUCAAUACAACACAAUACACUCGUAUAAGGAUGCUCAGCUAUGCCGUGAAUGGAUUGCUUACCUUCAAGCUGGUGCUGGUAUGGUUGCAGAGAGUGUACCUGAAGACGUUUCUGGGCUUGCUCGCGCCAUCGACUUGGCUGAGUCAACUUUUGUUAACAAGUCAUGAGGUUUAGUAUCAGGUACAGAUAGAUUUCCAAUACCAGCCGACCUUUUGUAUGUAGCAACCUGCUCUGGAAGCAAGCUAGAGUUGCUUGAGGAAAGGAAGAGAGAGUAAGAAGAAUGCUAGCCAAUUGUAUGUAAAACUUUUCCAAUAUAAUCAAUUUAUCCUUACCAUGCA